AUGGUUGCCGAAUCCUCCGUUUCCCUAACCUUUUCGAAUAGAGAACUCCCUCUCCCGCACGCUCCUCUGCUUGUUGUCGAUAGCGCAGGAAGUUCCACUACCCCACCUCCACCUCCUCCCCCACGGCAACCCGUUGUCAGACAUCUCUCGGCGCCUGCGGAAUCACUCCAUUCCCCCCUGAGGCACCACCGACGCGCAGCUUCCGUCGGGAGACCACCUGUCCGAGAAACCCUAAAUGCGAGUCUAUCGUACGAGGAUGAGGAUGGAAUUAGAGUAAAUCAGUACAACCCCCUCCCCCUAGCGUUAUCGUACUCUUCCUCCCAUUCUAACAUCCGCCAAGGUAUCUCAUCAAACAAGAAAUUGGAAGAGGUUCUUACGGUGCGGUUCACUUGGCAGUGGAUCAAACCGGUCAUAAAUUUGUACAGCUAUCAAAACACCAUCGGCUUGCUCCCUAAGCUAACUAUACUUUCUCCCCAGGCGGUUAAAGAGUUUUCCAAGUCGCGGCUUCGGAAAAGAUCGCAGUCUCAAAUUCUAAGGAGACCCCACCAUGCCCGCAGGAGAGGUGGAAUUUUGAGCAUGCCCCCUGCCUACGGGCGAUCUGCUUCCGAGAUACACAGACAGGAGGAGGCUGGUAACCCCCUCUACCUCAUCCGGGAGGAGAUUGCAAUUCUCAAAAAGCUUGAUCAUGAAAAUGUGGUGCACUUGGUUGAGGUAUUGGAUGAUCCGGAAGGUGACUCUCUCUACAUGGUGUUGGAGAUGUGUGAGAAGGGAGUGGUGAUGAAGGUUGGGCUGGACGACACCGCCGAACCCUAUCCAGAAGAGAAGUGCAGACUGUGGUUCCGGGAUAUGAUACUUGGUAUCGAAUACUGUAUGCUUCUGGCCCUGCUGUGUUUUAAAACUAUUGACUUACUCGACCAUAGUGCAUUCUCAAGGGGUUGUCCACCGUGAUAUUAAGCCCGACAACUUGCUUCUCUCGAAAGACGAUGUCCUCAAGAUUGUCGAUUUUGGAGUGAGCGAGAUGUUUGAGAAAAAAUCGCAGAUGCUGACGGCAAAGUCGGCUGGGAGUCCCGCAUUCCUACCCCCAGAGUUGUGUGUCUCCGGUCACGGAGAUGUGAGCGGAGCUGCUACUGACAUAUGGGCGAUGGGAGUGACUUUGUACUGCCUAUUGUUCGGCAAACUCCCGUUCUGUCAUUCUGGUGUCGUCCAGCUUUAUGAAGCGAUCAAAAACGACGAGUGAGACCCGCUGGACCUCAGCCUUUGAGCCGCGCUAAUUCUGUGGAAAACCAGACUCUUCAUUCCCGAGGGCCUCAAUCCCGACACUACGGAUCUCCUAAGAAGACUUCUUGAGAAAGACCCCGAUAAACGUAUCAAAAUGCCGGAAUUGCGGGUAAGAAUCCCAUCACAGUUGUGUUUUAAUAUUCCAUUUCUAAUACUCGUCUCCCAAGGAGCAUCCUUGGGUCACCCGCAGAGGAGAAGAUAUGCUAUUGCCCAAGGAGGAAAACACCUCUGAAGUAAUUCCUUCGCCAACCCCUGAAGACGUAGCGUCCGCCAUCACCAGAAGUAUCCGUAAUGUUAUGGCAGUGGUGUGUUAACACGGCGUGCGUUUUUUAUCUAGCCUCAGCUUGUUAACCUGCGAAAUAGGUCAAAGCUGUUCAGAAACUGAAGCGUUUGACUCUCAAACGCUUCCGACACCCAUACCUAUCUGCCAAAGAUGGGCCACUGUCAAUUGAAAAUCUUCCGGCCCGCUCGAAGACCUAUGAAUGGGAUAGUCGGGAACAUUUAGAACAGAAGCUCGCUGUGUCAGGCGUCACGAAAGAUCUGUCCGUAGUCAGCAUUAGCCAAACUCCGCAAAAACCCAUCAGUUCGGCUGCCGGAAACCAGGAUACUGAAAUGGCGGACAAUAUUCAACGCAUUGAUGUUGAGUGCCACCACUUUGGAAUCUCAGAAACGGUAGAUUCGCCCAUGGAGGAAAGUCCACCAUUAUUGAAUGAAGUGCCAAAGGGCCAGGCAUUAUCCCCAUUGGAUGAGGAACCACACUUUCUUCAGAUUGGCGUAGGAAGCGACCAACCUGCAGAGGAGGCGUCGAGGGUAAUCAGUGAAUCUCCUCCGCCAACUGAGGAGAAUGUCUACGCAGAGGCAUAUCGAGGGGAUGUGGCACGCAUCAUGGAGGAGCGAGGGCAAUCGGCAACAAUUUACCGCACCAAAUGGGUAGAGUAAUAUGUUACACUUAAGAAUUGAACAGCGGAGGCAGUUCCGCCGCCUCCCUUUUUUUUCUUCUUUUUCUUUCCCUACAAGCCCACUUUGCUGUGAAAUCAAGCUCAACAGACCCUGGAUAUGCGGGGUUAGAGAAAAUGAUAAAUGGUCCGGGUAUUGUGUGGUCCACGGAUUUCUGGCUGGGAUCCCUGUGAUGAUGAUCGGAUUCUUUUUAAAAAAAAAUUAUCCCACUUUUCCCUUUUUUUCUUCUUCUCUCCUUCUAUCUGUAGGGCUCACGUAGGGAUGCCGUGCUUUGCGGCAUGAUACUGUGGGGGGGCACUGUUGUGGUACACAAGUCUAGUGUCUCGGGGAGUAUGGUAUCGAUAAGUGGAU